AGCUGAUUUGCGGGCUGCUGAGCAUGAUUUGCCUUUGUGUGUGGGCGUCUCCAGCUGUAAUGAGUGAGCUCAGUGUAGUGGAGCUGCGAGCACCCAGCACUUGCUAUUUUAGCCUCUCACCUCCCUCGGGAAUACCGUAUAGAUUGAAGACGCCUGGAAGUGUGUUUGACGUCGUUGUGACGUGUAAAAGACACAUUUCCAAUGAAGCUGCUAAAGGACCGAGCAUUUUUCUAGCCUCGGAGAGAGAGAGAAACCUGCUGCUCUUAUCUGUUCGCAUAGCAACCAGGACCAAGCACCCCGAUUUGAAAUUCUCAUUGGACUCUUUUAGGGGUUUUGGCUCAGACACUGUGAGAAUGGAAGGACGAUACUGGUACCCCAUGUGCAUUGCUUCAGUCGCUGUCUUGUCCUUGUUGUGUCAGGUGCUAGCUGCUGGGGUGGAUAAACGGUAUAUGAAUGAAUGGGCAGCAGAGAUCCCCGGGGGGCCCGAGGAAGCCCAGUUACUUGCAUUGGAGUUGGAUUAUGAUUACCUGGGACAGAUUGGAUCCUUAGAAAAUCACUACCUGUUCAGACACAAAGCUCAUCCAAGAAGAUCACGCAGAAGUGCCCCUCAUCUUACAAAGAGACUAGCUGAUGAUGGGCGGGUGUCGUGGGCGGAACAACAGUACAGUAAAGAGAGAAAUAAGCGGUCAACCUUCAGACAAGACACCAAAAACCUGUUUAAUGAUCCCCUGUGGAAUCGACAAUGGUACUUGCAAGACACAAGAUCGAAUCCCUCAUUGCCUAAGUUGGAUUUACAUCUCCUUCCUGUAUGGAAGAAAGGAAUAACAGGCAAAGGUGUUGUUAUCACAGUGCUGGAUGAUGGUUUGGAAUGGAACCACACUGAUAUCUAUGCCAAUUACGACCCAGAAGCAAGCUAUGAUUUCAAUGACAAUGACAAUGACCCCUUUCCCAGAUAUGAUAUUACAAAUGAAAACAGACACGGGACAAGAUGUGCUGGGGAAAUUGCCAUGGUUGCCAAUAACAAUAAAUGUGGAGUCGGAGUUGCAUAUAAUGCAAAGGUUGGGGGCAUACGGAUGCUGGAUGGUGUUGUGACAGAUGCCAAAGAAGCAAGUUCCAUUGGCUUCAAUCCACAACAUGUGCAUAUAUACAGUGCCAGCUGGGGACCUAAUGAUGAUGGCAAAACCGUAGAAGGACCGGGUAGACUGGCACAGAAAGCUUUUGAGUAUGGCAUCAAACAGGGGCGAAAUGGAAAAGGUUCCAUCUUUGUUUGGGCAUCUGGAAAUGGUGGGCGACAGGGUGAUAACUGUGACUGUGAUGGAUACACAGACAGCAUUUACACCAUCUCUAUCAGCAGUGCUUCCCAGCAAGGUUUGUCUCCCUGGUAUGCUGAGAAAUGCUCUUCCACCCUGGCCACAGCAUACAGCAGUGGGGACUACACAGAUCAGAGAAUUAUAAGCGCCGACUUACACAAUGAGUGCACAGAGACGCACACCGGCACCUCUGCUUCAGCUCCGCUGGCUGCCGGGAUCUUUGCUCUCGCACUGGAAUUUAACCCUGACCUUACCUGGAGGGAUAUGCAGCACCUGGUGGUUUGGACAUCAGAGUACGACCCGUUGGCUAACAAUGCUGGCUGGAAGAAAAAUGGCGCUGGGCUAAUGGUUAAUAGCAGAUUUGGAUUUGGGCUGCUCAAUGCUAAGGCACUUGUGGAUUUAGCUGACCCUAAAACAUGGAAAGGAGUUGCAGAAAAGAAGGAGUGUAUAGUAGAAGAUAAUGAGUUUUCACCAAGGUUUCUAAGAUCAGAUGGGGAAGUAACCAUUCAAAUUCCUACAAAAGCCUGUGAAGGCCAAGAUAACCAUAUCAAGUCUCUGGAGCACUUGCAGCUUGAAGCCACAAUUGAAUACACCCGUAGGGGGGACCUUCACAUUACACUCACCUCUCCAUUAGGGACUAAUACAGUUCUUCUGACUGAAAGAGAGAGAGAUACUUCUCCAUAUGGUUUCAAAAGCUGGGACUUUAUGUCUGUGCAUACGUGGGGAGAAGAUCCAGCGGGAACCUGGACGCUAAAAAUCUCUGAUGUGUCUGGAAGAAAAAAAAAUGAAGGAAGAAUAGUCAGCUGGAAAUUGAUUCUUCAUGGAACAUCGACCCAACCGGAGCAUAUGAAACAUCCAAGAGUUUAUACUUCCUAUAAUGUUGUUCAAAAUGAUCGAAGAGGCGCUGAGAAGAUGGAUGACAUUGAAAAGGAACCAAUCAGUGAAAGUUUCACAACUGAGCGGCCAGAAGUCACUAAAAACACUCCAGACAGUCAAGAAGCUGCUGAAAGGGCAAAGUCGCUAGCAAUAGCCCACCUUUUGAAGAAUGCCUUCGACAGAGACGGAGGUUCAUUUCCUCUAGAAGACAAAGAUAUCCCUAAACAUAGUUAUUUGUAUGCUCUGGCCACCAUUAGCAAGCAGGGAGAAGGAAGGGACAGAGAGAACGAUUUGUACAAUGAGUACAUUGACAGGUUCUACCAUUCCAGACCUUACAAACACAGAGAUGAUAGACUAUUGCAAGCUUUGUUCAACAUUUUAAAGAAGAAACCCUAAUAUUUUAUAGUGCCAGGAAACAUUUAUGCCUCCUCUCAACCUCCAUCCAUUGCAUUUUUGCCAUUGUGCUCCUAUGAAAUUCCAAAAAUUAUUAGCAGUGUUGGUGCCUAAUGUGUAUAUAUAACUCCCAUGCUUUAAAUAAAUAGCAGGUCAGAUUAUGUUAGCUGACAGGCCGGUUAAGGUCCCCAUACACGAUAAGAUCCGCUCGCUUGGUGAUGUCGAGAUCUGGCCAAUUCCAGGCCGCUCUGUUCUGCCCAUACACGGGCCGAUUAGCUGCCGAAUCGGUCCAAGGGACCGAUAUCGGCAGCUAUAGUCGGCCCGUGUAUGGGGACCUUUAGUCUGAGGCUGCAUUAAGCAGCCUAUUGGAGUCUUUCAAAAAAUCUGUUCUGGGGUCACAAAGUGAUAUCUGCAUCUGGCUGAUGAACUCUAUCAUGUGACAUGGCUCAGGACAAAGCAGUCUUCUAGCUUCCAUUUGCACUAAUAGAAUGGCCAUGUUUCCAUGCACAGUAGAGUGUAGUGUAAAAGAGUCAAACUCAGUUGUGUUAAGCCACCAUUAAACAUCUACAGUUUUUCACUACCAGGACAGCUCUUUAAUGGGGCUAUUUAAGACAGUCUUAGAUCAACCACAGUUUAUUUAAUGCAUGGGACAACAAAUCCACAUUAAAAUCUGCAGCAACAAUAGAUUCCCUUUAAAAUCUUGUAAUCCCUGCCCUCUAGCCAUCACAAAACAGUGAAGGGCAUACUUUAUAUUCUCAAUUUAAUCCACCAAAUUGAUUUAGUGCCCAAAGGAUAUUGUGAUACUACCUGAAUAAAGAGCAUCUAUUCAUUUUAUUUUCUAGUAAUUGCCCAUAUUUCUUUACAACACUGUAAUACAGAACCUUACAGAACAUCCAAUAACUGCCCACCCCAUUUUAACUGGAUUCCUUACUACCUAUUCAAGGGCAGAAUAUCAACUUUAAAUUAUAGGCAUAACAUUAUACUAUGUGGCUUAUUCCUAUAAAAAUAGAACCACUGUAUCCAUCCUAUAAUAUUUUUAUGACAUUAAAUUCAGUUUUGUAAACAGUUAGCAAAAUUAUUUUUAAAACCCCAAAUGCUGAUAUUAUAACACUUUGUUACUUAUGGGAUUGGUACUUUCAUUUUAGUACAAUGUGACUACAUAAGUAUUUUUGAAAACUGGUAGAAGUAAAACUGAUUCUUUACAUUUGAAAUGUAACCACGUAACUCUAAUGGUAACUGAAAGCAAAUGCCUUCAGCCAUAUUGGUUCCAAGUGCCCAGUGCCAGUGCUUGCUAUAGGGCACCCUGAUGGGAAAACAUGUAGCAACAGUAGCAUCUGGGAGAUCUUCCUUUGACGUUUCCCAUAUUGCUAGAUAAUAUCUAUAGAUCUAUAGAAUAGUUUUUUUUAGAAAGAACCUUAGGGAUCUCUCUAUUAAACAUCUUAAAUUAUCCAGCACAAAUUAUACAAUGCUUCCCAUUUUAUUAUUCUCGGACUAUGCAUUAUAACCUUGCAAAGUUGCCCAUUACCCCUUCAAAUGUUACACUUUUGUACUGGCAAUAGGAAUGGCUAUGGUAGCUCUUAUGUAGAACAAAGCAAAGAUAAUUUCAUUUUGUACAUUUAGUUCUACAGAUCUGGUCCUCCACAAAGACAAAAAAAUGAAAGAUUAUUGCCCACAGUGGAUCAUUGGUUUAGCCAUAGAGCAUAAUGGUUGGCUAUUUAAUGAAAAAUACUAAUGUGUACCAUACACCCUGCUGCUGAACUUAAACACAGGGACUUGAGUUCUUUGAUUCUGUGGACCAACGUCUAUGCUACAGAGGCAGAUUGUACAUCAUGGCAAGACCUUCUAAUGCUGUCCAUGUGUUAUGCUCAUGACUUGCUAUUGCUGUCCUUGCCCCAACCUCUGUUUGUGCAGCAUUGUCAGAGACCUCUUUGUGCUUUGCCUUUAAAAACUCCAGUCCUUGCCCCUAUCUGUGAUUUUCUGAUCUUCUGGGUGUUAUAUACAAAAGAGCAUGUUGUACCCAGGUUCCUAGAUGCCCAUGGGGUUUGCAUAAUAUUGAACAUUGGCAAUUUGUAAAAUCUUCAUGAGUAGCUUGGGUUGAGAAAAUUCAAAACAACUCUUCUGCUCAUAUCAUGGAAAACUAAUUUUCCACGCUCCACAAAUGAUAGUUUAAUAUUUUAUAAAAAGGAACCUUAAUUUUAUAAAACAAGCAUAACAUAAGGAUUCUACUUUUACACCACUGUCAUGUUUAUAUCCCCCAGGAAAUAUCAUGGUAUGACCAUUGCUCCAUGAGGUCGUCUUUGGUGCUUAGUGCCUUCAGGGACAUCAGGUGAGGUCUGUUACUACAGAAAGAGACCAGACUGUCAUCUUUUGUCCAUUGCUUCUGGAUGGCAUCUUAAAGGGGGAUGUUUACCUUUAGACAGUAGCCUAAAUUUGACUGACCCUGUCAGAAACAUUUUUGCAAUCUUUUUUAUUUAAAAUGUUUAGUUCUAAAGUUACAGACCAGACCUGGUGCUGCUAAAACUGUUUCUUAUCUGUUUUCUGCUCUCUGUUUGGAAGGGAUUGAUGACACCAACUUGCAUUCUGCAGACAGAGCAGGGAGAAGAGCAGAAAGAGUUUUAGCAGCAUUGAUCCUGGUUGUAGCUUCAAAAGUAAACAUUUUAAAUAAUAAAGUUGAUUUAAAAAACAAAAAAUUCUGACAGGGGCUUUUCAAAUUCAGACUAUUGUCUGUAGGUGAAAUCAAUGUUUUUAUAAACAAAUCUAAGAUAUAAUAUCAGCCUUAUGCCUAUUUCUUCCUGUCAUAGGCUAAGAACAAAUGUGCCAACAUCUAAACGGUGGAAUCUGGUUGUCUGUUGGCAUUAACAUUUUUAUACAGACAUAAUGCUAGUAAAUUGUAUGGUGCUGUGUUGUGCUGAACUUGAACUAUGAACAGAAGUAUUGGGGUAACAAUGUCACCCACUUUAUUUAAGGGCAUUGAACGGCUUAAUGCAGGCCCAAUAAAAUUAUAUUUGUAUCUAUUCACUGGUAUAAUCAGGAUUAUUAUUUGUCAUUAUAUUGAGGUUGCAGGGAAAUAUGUAGUCUUGUCAUGAAGUCAAAACAUAAGUGAGAUGAACAAUAAGCACUGCUGCAAGUGAGCAACCUGGGAAUCAGGCACGUUCCUUUCUAAACAAAGGAUGUUGCUCCCCUAGAAAGCACAGAUCUACUUACACAUAUACCCAUGCACCUACCUGCACACACAUCCCCAUGCUUACAGCAGAGCUCGGGCAAGGAAGACACCAGUGCCUAAAUUUCCAAUAAUCACUUCAUUUCUUUGUAAACCCCCUCCCUAGAAGGAGGAAAAAACAGAAGAAAUGGGGCAUUUUCCUGACAGUGGGAAUGGUAACACAUUUAUUAAAUCCGAUACCGGUGUUGAUUCAGAAACAUGUGUUUGACUGUUUGAGCAGUUGAGUGCUAUUCUGUUCUAGUGAUUGUUAGUGCAAGGUUUUAGAGCAUUGUCACCCGUCCAAAUACUUUCACCCCCAAUGGAAGUUGCAUUUAGGGGGACAGGGUUUGGAGAAUUCAUUUCUGUAAUAAUAGGCAACAAAAGGAGCAAGCAGCAAAACUAACCAUUUUAAAAAUAGUUUUCCCCCAUAAAAUUCUUUUUGCUUAAUUUUAUCAGUGGUUUACACUUAAUGAAUCAGGCCAUACCAUAUUUUUAUGGGUUCAUACUAAUAUUCCCAUUGCAGUAUUAUGAUCUGCGAGUAACAAAAUGUUUGUUUUAGCAGCAUACAGGGGUUGAUUUAUUAUAGACGAACUGGAGAAUCCAAAAGGAGUUCGUCUAUUUUGUGCUUUAUCAAAAUUUCCUGCCAGUUAGGAAAAUGAAUUGACCCAUUUAUCAAACUGGUCACAUGGAAUGUAUUCAACUAAUCUGGGCAGUCAAACGCUAUUCUGUGCGAAAGCACUUAUCUGAAUCCUUGCUCCCUGAUUCAGUCACUUGCAGGGAGAAAUUCGGACAAUAAUUUUCUGUUUUGGAAUGAAUCGUUCCAGUGCCACAAUUUAAAACUGUAAAAUCUAUAAUAGUGAAUCUGCUCCAAAGUGUAACUGACCCAAACAUGAUUUCAUGCAAACCCCUGUGUUCUGAUAUCAGUCUGUAAUGGAAAUCCCUGUGUGUUAAACCUAAAGUCUUGGGUGUAUCAGGGGAGACCCAAGAAAUCCUGUGCUUCAGGGUAUAGAUCUAUAUUGACUACAUUUGUAAUCCAUGGUGAAGAAGACCUGACAGCUUUAAUACUCUGUAUUGUGGUCUUCACCUUUACAUACUUACUGGUGCCUGCUAGAACUUUGUGUAAAUGCUAAAAGAAGGAAUAGAAAUUUUAUCAGAAAAUUGUUAACUCUAUUUUCUUUACAGGUACUGUAUAUUUGUAUGUCGAUCUUUUAUCAUAUCAGGAUUUUAAAGGCAUAAUAUAUUGUAUGAAUAAAACAUUUUUCCUCAAGAGACAAAAAAACAUUUCAUUAAAUAAAGUAUUUUUAAAUAGCAUGUUCCCACAGCAA